AUGAUGAAUUACACAGAGCAAUUCAGACAACAUCAGAGGCUACAGGUCUCUGUGUUAAACGCUACACCGGCAGCCGCCUAUCUUCCUUUCCAGACUCUGGAAUCACAGCAAUUGAUCCACGAUCUGCUGGAAAAUGCGGGCGGCGCGGGUGCUAAUGUUCAAGGACAUUUUCAGCGCGCAGUCGCUAGCAUCAUCCAUACGUUGCUGUAUGGCUUCCGUGUCAAAGGCUACAACGACCCGGUGCUUCGCGCCGUUGUUAAACUCAACGACGAAUUCUCCGAGUUUGUCCAGGUUGACGCGCACAUUGUUGACCAGUUCCCUAUGCUUAAUAACCUGCCCGGCUUCUUGGCCCCAUGGAAGGCGAAGGCUGAGAAUCACUACACGACCAAGUAUGAUCUGCGCGACGAAAACUUUCGGCGGGGCCUGGAGUCGGACGCCUGGAAUAUAUCAAAGCAUCUCAAGAAGACUGUCGACAAGGAUAGCCUGGAUAUGCCCUUGCACGAGCUAGCGUUUGAGCUUGGUACCAUGAUUGACGCCGCACUGGACGGCACGACAGACAGCUUGCUCUGGUUUGUAGUGGCUUGCAUCACACAAGACCAGGCUUUCGUCGCCAAGGCGCGCGAGGAGCUGGAUGCCGUUGUUGGGCGCAACCGACUCCCAGUUCCUGAUGACAAGCCCAACCUGCCGUACGUCACGGCUAUUGUCGAAGAGAUAUUCCGUUGGCGGCCCGUUGGCCCCGAGGGCGUCCCUCACUUGAACAAGGAGGAGAUUACCUUCAAUGGAUAUGCCAUUCCCAAGGGAUCUGUUAUUGUGCCCAACGUUUGCACAAUCUCCCGGGAAGAGGCCUUGUUCGGCCCUGAACCCGACGAUUUCAUCCCAGAUCGCUGGCUCGACGAGGACGGCAAAACGCUCAAAGCCCUCCCCCCUGCCGUCUUCGGCUAUGGAAGACGGACCUGCCCUGGGCGGUAUUUCGCCCGCAAUGUUAUCUGGGUCAUCGUCGCCCAGCUUCUCUGGUCAUUCGACAUCAAGGCCGGCCUGUCUGAGGAGACGGGCAAACCCAUCCCUGUUGACCCUAUUGCAUGCACCUACGGCCUGGUUAUGCGGGCCCUGCCCUUUAAGGCUUCAUUUAAUCCUCGGGGGCCUUGGGUGCGUGAAGUGAUCGCCAGAGAUGGUGACACUUAUAGCAAGGAUCAUGCCGACAUGCUCAACCAAAUUGGGGCAGAGUUCGCUUAG